CAAUGUAAUGAUAGAGAGCAAGACUUCCAAAGAGAGAGAGAGAGAGCUGAGGGUGCUCUGUUUCUAGACAUACUUAAAAGCUCAAUCAAAAUUCAGAGAGAGAGAAUUGGUUCAAGAAAAUAUUCUGGUUUGAUUUACAGCAACUUUGUCUGGUGAAAAUCAAGAUGAUUAUGUUGUCAGCUGAUGAGAAGAAGAAGUUGGCUUUUGCUACCUGACUCAAGUUGAAAUUUUGAAGGCAGCCCAAUUCAGUUGUGCAUCACAUGUGAAGCUUAGAGAGUUGUGUCUCAUUUGUGUUUGGAGAUGAUGAGUUUUUUUUUCUUUUUUUGGGUCUCAAUGAUUGAAUUCAAGGCCUAUGUGGCUGAUAUUUAGUUGUCCCCACACCAGAAUUCCCUUUGCCAGCCUAGAAACAUUAAUUCUUUUUACUCCUCUCUUUUUUUGUUCUUGUUUUGUUCCACACCCCUUUGUCCCCAUAGUAUCUUGAUCAAGGGUUGGAUUUCUCUUUGCAAGAUUGAAUCUUGAAUCUGGGAAAGUUGGGAUUCUUGAAACCAAGGAAUUUGAGCUUUUCUGGGGUGGAAGGUGGGUUGGACUUGGAAUCAAUUUGAGAGAAUCUUUUCUUGAAAUCAUAGGUUGAAUAAAGAUGGCAUCUGGAAUGGAUUUUGAUGAAGAGUGUGAAACAAAAGGGGAGAUGUGGGAUUUGGACCAGAAGCUUGAUCAGCCCAUGGAUGAAGAGGCUGGUAGGCUUAAAAAUAUGUAUAGAGAAAAGAAAUUCUCGUCGCUUUUGCUCUUGCGGCUUGCAUUUCAGAGCCUGGGAGUGGUAUAUGGAGACUUAGGAACGUCUCCGUUGUAUGUGUUCUACAAUACUUUUCCACAUGGAGUAGAUGAUACGGAAGACAUUAUUGGUGCUCUUUCGUUGAUUAUAUACUCACUCACGCUUAUUCCUCUCCUCAAGUAUGUUUUCAUCGUGUGUAGAGCAAACGACAAUGGUCAAGGGGGGACUUUUGCGCUUUAUUCUUUACUUUGCCGGCAUGCUAAAGUGCGAACAAUCCCCAAUCAACACAGGACUGAUGAGGAGCUGACAACUUAUAGCCGAAACACAGUCCAUGAGCGUUCUUUUGCUGCCAAGACGAAGGCGUGGCUGGAGGCAAACGCGUUUAGAAAAACUUCCCUUCUUAUACUAGUACUUGUCGGGACGUGCAUGGUGAUUGGCGAUGGGAUUCUCACCCCUGCCAUAUCCGUUCUUUCUGCUUCGGGCGGGAUCAAGGUGGACCACCCAAAGAUGAGCAAUGAUGUUGUGGUGAUUGUAGCCGUGAUCAUUUUGGUUGGAUUGUUCAGCAUGCAGCAUUAUGGCACGGAUAGAGUCGGUUGGCUUUUUGCUCCGAUUGUAUUGCUUUGGUUUCUGAUUAUUGGAGGCAUUGGUAUCUACAACAUAUAUAGCUACGAUAGCUCGGUUCUGAGAGCCUUUUCGCCCUUGUACAUAUAUCGAUAUCUUAGAAAUGGAAAGAAGAAAGGUUGGACGUCUCUUGGCGGAAUCAUGCUCAGUAUCACAGGAACUGAAGCACUCUUUGCUGAUCUUGCUCAUUUUCCAGUUUCUGCUGUGCAGCUUGCUUUUACCGUUGUAGUUUUUCCUUGUCUUCUUCUAGCCUACUCGGGGCAAGCAGCAUACCUCACGCAAAAUCAAGAUCACGUUUAUGAUGCAUUUUAUCGAUCAAUCCCAGAAAGAAUAUACUGGCCGGUUUUCAUCAUUGCGACUCUAGCAGCGAUUGUUGCUAGCCAGGCCACUAUAUCUGCUACGUUUUCGAUCAUCAAGCAGGCGCACGCUCUUGGCUGUUUCCCGAGAGUCAAAGUUGUACAUACAUCAAAGACGUUUCUCGGCCAGAUUUAUAUCCCUGACAUGAAUUGGAUUCUCAUGGUUCUUUGCAUUGCUGUUACUGCUGGAUUCCAAAACCAGAGCCAAAUUGGCAAUGCUUACGGCACCGCUGUCGUCGUGGUCAUGCUCGUCACCACGCUUCUUAUGACUCUGAUAAUGUUGCUAGUCUGGCACUGCCACUGGAUCCUCGUCCUGUUGUUUACAUUUCUGUCGCUCGUGGUGGAAUGCACGUAUUUCUCGGCCGUGCUUUUCAAGGUCGACCAAGGUGGUUGGGUCCCGCUUGUGAUAGCUGCCGCCUUCCUCCUCAUCAUGUACGUCUGGCACUACGGGACCCUGAAGCGCUACGAGUUCGAGAUGCAUAGCAAGGUUUCGCUAGCUUGGAUCCUAGGCCUUGGCCCGAGCUUAGGUCUCGUCCGUGUCCCCGGGAUCGGGCUCGUGUACACCGAGCUAGCCAGCGGAGUGCCUCACAUCUUCUCCCACUUCAUCACCAACCUCCCCGCCAUCCACUCCGUGGUCGUCUUCGUCUGCGUGAAGUACCUCCCCGUCUACACGGUGCCCGAGGACGAGCGGUUCCUUGUGAAGCGGAUCGGGCCGAAGAACUUCCACAUGUUCCGGUGCGUGGCGAGGUAUGGCUACAAGGACCUCCAUAAGAAGGACGACAACUUCGAGAACAAGCUGUUCGCGAACCUCUUCACGUUUGUGAGGCUCGAGGCGAUGAUGGAGGGGUGCUCGGACUCAGACGAGUACAGCCUCUACGGGCAGCAGACAGUGCAGUCGAGGGACAACGGCGAGACGUCUACUUCGAAUCUUGAUUUUACGAUCUCCUCGGUUGACUCCAUCGUCCCCGCUAGGUCGCCGAUGCACGUGAACACGACGCACACGUCGUCAGGCCGGGAAAGCGGGCAGACGGAGGGGGAUGAGUUGGAGUUUAUGAAGAGUUGUAGGGAUGCUGGGGUGGUUCACAUUCUGGGGAAUACUGUGGUUAUGGCAAGGAGGGAAUCGAGGUUUUACAAGAAAAUAGCUAUUGAUUAUAUAUAUGCUUUUCUUAGGAAGAUUUGUAGGGAGAAUAGUGUGAUUUUUAAUGUGCCUCAUGAAAGCCUUUUGAACGUUGGCCAGGUUUUCUUUGUGUAAUAUUUUUGUUACUAUUAGUAAUAAAAAGGGAAUUUUUGUUUAA